ACAGCAAAAAUUCCUGUCAUCUCAGCGGGCUCGAAUGCCCUAACAGUACAACAAAAAACUCUUUAGACUCUUACACGCUGUGUGCGAACGUGACGGAAUACGGUUAAACUCAGGAAGCAUCCUACCUAACUACGCAUAAUUUCUCAAAAUCUCUUCGCCUAUCCAUUGCCUGAGGCCGUCUUCGUCGCUCAGAAGCUGGAAAGCGGACUACCUGGCCUCCGGCGCUUAAGCUAGGUCCCGCGGUUCUCUGUCGAAGCCGUCCUUCCCACUUCGCGUUCCAUCAGAUCAGUACUGUAUUUUUGCCACAAUUCGUAUUUUUUCCUAGGGUUUAAAAUUCCCCUCCUCUCUUUUAGGAGAGUGGCUCCCGCCUUUCUCUCAAUAAGAAGUUGCAGAUGUCGCCCGAAAUACUGUCGAAUUACAAACGUAGAAAAGUCUCCGCCAUCCGCCAAUUCCCAUGCGGAUGUGGUCCUAAUGUAGUCCAAUUGUGCCCAAAACCCAUGGAAGAGACUUCUUCACUGUCUGAACUGAAGAAUGGUAAGGUCACUGACACGGAUAGGGUUUUACUGCCUGCUGAUGUUGCGGAGGAAACGAUUCCCGCUUUGGAGGAGGCACUGGAUGUUCCUGGCUCGGUGAAGUCUUUGAUUCUUGAAGUAGCGAAACCACCAAUUAAUUCGAUGCCUGUUGUACUGGAAAGCAACGGACAGAUCAUGAAACUUGAAGUGCAACAGGUCAUGGAGAACAAAGGUGUACUGGAAAACAACGUUGAGAGUAAUCCUGAGAAGUUGAAACUGGAAGUGCUACAGGUAUUGGAGGAGAGCGCAGAGCCACCCAAGUUUCAGAAUAGGCUGUGCUUUUCGAAGAUGUAUGGGCUUCUAAAGAAGAGAAAAGUCUCGGCAAUUCGACAAUUUCCUCCUGGAUGCGUUCCAAAUGCUGUGCCAAAUGCUGUCAUUAUCAGGAAAGAUAAUAAUCAGCCUGUUAUUACUGCACGCAUUUCUUUGAAUGAUAAGAGUUUGGUGUGUGGGAAGACAGAUGAAGUAAGCAUGCAUUUAGUAGGAAUUAGUAAUGAACCCAUGCGGUUACAAAAUGCUUCUCCGAAAGCCAAAACCUUUUAUGGAGAGAAGAAACCUGUCUUACAGCAGCAAGAAAUGGAUGGAUGUACUGCGUUGGUUGCAGCUACUAAAAAUAUUUUACAUGCAGAUGAGAGAGUGCCUCUGAUGAAGCAAUCAAUAAGAAUAGAUGUCUCUCCACAAGUUUCAGAUGCUGAAAAUAGCUUGAAUCAUGAUAAUUCAAUGAUGAAUCAAGUGAAGACAACUGAUGGAUGUGUCAAGGUUUCAUCUUCUGAAAAAGUUGGAAUUUCUGGUAGAAAAAAUACUGAAGUAAUUAACGUGAAAGGAGCGACAGUUGAUAAAAAUGUUUUAGUUCGAUCUAAUUCUGACAAGAACUUCAGAGUUGAAGUUGCUAGCGCUCAUACUCAGAUAAAAUCUUCAUUAAAUAGUGGAUCAAAUGCUAAAUCUUUAUUGAAGAGUGGAUCAAAGAAGAGUGGAUCAAAUAAGUUAUUUGUUCGCUCUAGUUCUGAUAAGAUAUUAGAAGCUUGCAAAGUUGAUCAAGCUGUCAAGAGCAUUCAAACUAAAGCAAAUGCUAGCAAUCCAUCACAUUUAGUUGUGAGAUCACAAUCUGGAAACAAACGACUGGAUGAAAAAGGUAUGCUCUUGACGAAAAAUACUAUAGAAAGACAAAAUGAGAUUAAUCAAAAUAGUAGUAAGAAGAGAAAGUUGUCAGCAGAGAUUCCUUGCAAAGAAUGCACUUCAGGUAAAGGUGACGAUUCAUUCGCUGCUACUGGGGAGAGGGUGAUUAUUCAGGCUCUGAUGGCUGCUAAAAAUUGCCCUUGGAGAACUCCAAGGAGACGUAGUUCAUUAAGUUCUGAUUCUAUUUUUCCUAAGAGCAAAAUUAAAAAGGAGAAGAGAUUUGUAGACAAGAACCCUGCUUCAAAGGACUUACUUCCAUACAAACAAAAGAGCAAAGAACAUAUCGUGGAUGAUGAUAAUAUGAUAGAAGAAGACAAUAAACUGAGUAUCACCAUGACUCCAUUUGUUCCACCUGAAUCAAGUCAGAAAGGAGGUGAUAGUGAAGAAGUUGUGGUACGGCAUAAAGUGAAGAGAGCAUUGCGACUUUUUCAGCUUAUAUGCAGGAAACUCUUGCAAGGAGAGGAAUCUAGGUCAAAAAGGUUGGGUAAACCUAACAGGAUUGAUUUGCAGGCUGCAUCAAUACUUAAAGAUAAUGGUGAGUGGGUGAACAGUGGCGAACCAAUAAUAGGACAUGUUCCUGGAGUUGAAAUUGGUGAUGAAUUCCAUUUCCGGGUGGAACUCUCAAUAGUUGGUCUUCAUCGUCCAUUUCAGGGUGGCAUAGAUUCUACCAAGAGAAAUGGCAUGCUACUGGCGACUAGCAUAGUGGCUUCUGGUGCAUAUCAGGAUGACAUGGGCAGUUCAGAUGUUUUGAUAUAUUCUGGUUCAGGAGGAACAUCUGCAGUUGGAGGAGAGAAACAGCUAGGUGAUCAAAAACUAGAGCGUGGUAACCUGUCAUUGAAGAACAGUAUAGAUACUCAGACACCCGUGAGGGUGAUUCAUGGUUUCAAAGAGAAAGGAAGCGAUCCAUAUGAUGCAAAGGGGAAGUUAGUCUCAACAUUCACUUACGAUGGACUUUAUCAGGUGGAAUCGUACUGGCAAGAGAUAGGCAGUCAUGGGUUUAAUGUCUUCAAGUUCCAAUUGAGAAGGAUGACUGGACAACCAGAGCUUGCUCUUAAAGAACUAAGAAGGUCUGCAAAGUUGAAGACCCGUGAAGGUCUCUGUGCUAAAGAUAUAUCUCAAGGAAAGGAGAAAAUACCUAUUGUUGUGGUUAACACGAUUGACACUGACCAACUGAUAUCUUUUAAGUAUAUUACAAAAAGCAUUUACCCUUCAUGGUAUUUUAAAACACCUCCUAAGGGCUGUGAUUGUACCGAUGGUUGCUCAGAUUCUGAGAGCUGUGCUUGUGCAGUUAAAAACGGUGGGGAAAUUCCAUUUAACUUCAAUGGUGCUAUAGUACAAGCAAAGCCACUCAUUUAUGAGUGUGGUCCUUCCUGCAAAUGCUCUAUCUCAUGCCACAACAGGGUUAGUCAGCGGGGUAUCAGGAUGCAACUGGAGAUCUUCAAGACCAGAGGAAGGGGAUGGGGUGUCAGAUCUUUGAAAUCUAUUACAUCAGGUAGCUUUAUAUGUGAGUAUGUAGGAGAGUUGCUUCAAGAUGGCGAGGCUGAACAGAGAAGUAAUGAUGAGUAUCUCUUUGACAUUGGCCAUAAUUAUGAUGAUCGCUCUUUAUGGGAGGACCUCCCUAAUUAUAUACCAGGAUUGCAAUCUAGCUCAGUAUGUGAUACUGUGGAAAGUGUUGGUUUUACGAUUGAUGCAGCAGAAUAUGGAAAUGUUGGGAGGUUUAUUAAUCAUAGUUGUUCUCCUAACCUUUAUGCACAAAAUGUUCUCUAUGAUCAUGAUGAUAAGCGAUUGCCUCACAUCAUGUUCUUUGCUGUUGAUAAUAUUCCACCGUUACAAGAAUUGACAUAUCACUACAACUAUACAAUAGACCAAGUCCGGGAUUCUGAAGGAAACAUAAAGCAGAAGGCUUGCCAUUGUGGCUCUCCUGAAUGUUGUGGCAGGCUUUAUUGAUGUAAAAGCUACCUCUUUUUUGUCCUGGUGCUGAAAGCCUACAAAUGGUCCCAUCACUGCUUCCGGCAUUGGAUUCAGGGGUGCAAUUUCCAUGCCUUUGUUACUGAUUAGCUUUUAAAAAAAAAAAUCCAGAGAACUUCGUGGCAAAGUUAAAUAGGCAAGUCUUUAAUCUCUUAUUAACCUUUUACUUCAUUUUACAUUUUUGAUAUGAUCCAUUAUGGAAUUUGAUGUCAUGCUGUUCUUGUGAAAUAAAAUUUAAAUUGGUGUUAUGAUGUUAUCUAUAGAUUCUUGUAUCUUGUUUUGCAUGCUCCAGUGGUUCUCCUUGGUCUAGUCUUCUAGGGAGGUAUAUGGUAGAAGUAUUUUCUUAAUAUUAAUUUUUUCACACUACUGAAAUUGUACGAUUUAGUAUUAUUUGCAAUGGGAGUUAUUGUACUAGUUUAGCUAAACAAAUUUAUCAA